UGCUCUGCUCUUUCUUCCUUACAUUUUUUUUUAUCAUACUCUACAAUGAGCAAGGCCCCUCUGAUGAAGCGAAUUAUCACACUUUUCAAAAAGACUCACGAAAAAGACGAAGAGCCUACAUAUCCAGCUGAACUCGAACGCGUCUACAAAGUAACUCGAAAGACCCUUGGCGUUGGCUCUUUUGCAGUUGUUAAAGAGUGUAUACACAGAACAACACAUCAAGCCUUUGCCCUCAAGAUCAUCCUUAAAAAGGCAAUCGCAGGCAAAGAACAUAUGCUUGACAGUGAGCUCGAUAUCCUCAAGCAAGUCCGUCAUCCUCAUAUUGUAUCAAUGCACGGCCUGUAUGAAUCAAAAGAUGCAGUUUACAUUGUAACUGAUCUGGCUGGCGGCGGUGAGUUAUUCCAACAAUUGCUGAAAAAAGGAAAUUAUACCGAAAAGGAUGCUGCAAAUCUGAUCAGACAGAUGCUCGAAGGACUUUCUUACCUACACAAGUGCGAUAUUGUACACAGAGAUAUGAAGCCCGAAAAUCUUUUGUUCCAGACAACCGAUGAGAAUGCCAGUCUAAUGAUCACAGACUUUGGUCUUUCAAAAAUACUUAAGAAUCACGACGACGUAUUAACAACUGCCUGUGGUACACCUGGAUAUGUUGCUCCUGAAGUCCUUCUUCAGACUGGCUAUGGAAAACCAGUUGAUUUGUGGAGUGUAGGCGUAAUUACAUUCACUUUAUUAAGUGGCUACACACCUUUCUGGGGUGAUGAUCAAGCAUCUCUAUUUGAGUCUAUCAUUGCAGGGAAAUAUGAAUUUGAUGAAGACUACUGGUCUGAUAUUUCCGAUCCAGCAAAGGACCUUAUUAACAAGCUUCUCACAUUUGAGCCAAGUAAGCGUAUCACAGCAGAUGAAGCACUGCUCCACCCAUGGAUCACAAACGAUCAAGUGGCCGGACCACGAACCACCACAAACCUUGUUCCCAAUGUACGCCGUGGAAUCAGCAGUCAAAAGUCACUUAAAUCGGUAGUUACCGCCAUGACUCUCUUGAGUGUCUGGAGGCACGGUCUACACGAGGCUACACACAGACGGGCAUCUGGUGAGAAACACGCCAAACGAGAGAAUGUUGUUCAGACUCUGGAUGUGACAAAGUCUGGAGAAGUUCAUAGUACACUUGCUGCGCAUUCCUAAUAGCCUCCCUUUUAUUUUACUUUUAAAGAGAAAAAAAAAGGUGCUCUCAUUACUAUAGUAUUCUAUUAUCUUCUAUUUAUUUCACUAGGCAUAGUGAAAGUAUUUUUAUACACUUCUUCUUGGACAAUAUUCUUUAAACUAACCUAUUACCCCCUUUUAAUAAUAUCACGCAUAAAUAAAUAAAAUCACAUAACUAUCCAAAAAAUAAAUAAAAUUAUUACCUUAUGAACCUC